UAAAAAUAAAGACACAGUUACAACAUAAACUUGAAGUUCCUAGAUGAUAUAUUUGUUGAACGUAUAUUACCAGCAAAGCAAGAUUUUUCGCCAUCUAGUUUAAAUCCAGUAAAUGCAUUUACAUUCAGGACAUAAAUUGACGUCUAAUGAUGGAUAACAGAAUAGUGCUUUUGUUUGCUUCAGUUGUCAUGAACUUUGGUCAUUUAUUGGCAAGUCAAAACAUGAAUUGCGCUCAAGGUUACUGGGGGGCAGAUUGCAAAAGUACAUGUCCCGAACGAUGCUCGUCCGUUGGAUGUGACAAAGUUACUGGCUCUUGCUUCGGAUGCGACUCAGGAUAUCACGGUAAACAUUGUGACAUUCCAUGUCCGCUUCACUGCCGGUAUGGAUGUGAUCGUUUUACUGCGAAAUGCUCCUCGUGUUACGCUGGUUGGUAUGGCGAUUCUUGCAAUAUACCAUGUCACAAUUGUGUCUCCUGUUCAAAAACUACGGGUAUAUGUUCAACAUGUAAAAAUGGUUGGUAUGGGACCAACUGCAGCAUCCCAUGCUCCAUUGAGACAGGUUGCAACAGAAAUGACUGUACAAAGUCUACCGGAGACUGUUUAGUCUGUAAAAUAGGAUGGUUUGGGUCAAAAUGUGAAAAACAAUGUCCAAACAGUUGUCACAAUGGAUGUCAUAAAAGUUCUGGUUAUUGUAAUGCCUGCAGCUCUGGAUAUUGGGGUUCUGAUUGCUCAAAACGUUGCCCCAACUGUCAUAAUGGCUGUUACAAAAGUAAUGGUCAUUGCAGUUACUGCAAUUCGGGAUUCUGGGGUUCGGACUGUACAAAUAUUUGCCCGGGGAAAUGUGAAAGUUGUGAUAAAUCUCGUGGAACGUGUUUGUUUUGCCCAUAUGGUUUAUGGGGAAGUGACUGUUCGAAGACGUGUAAUACUAAUAACUGUAAAAUGUGUGAUAUCAACACAGGUAUCUGUAAAGCCUGUGUAUCAGGCUUUUGGGGACCAGACUGCAACUACCUAUGCAAUAACUGUUCCAAUAAUAAAUGUGACAUUUCCACAGGUGUAUGUGAGACAUGUCCAGAGGGAUUUGCAGGAGAAAAUUGUAAUAUAAAGUGUGAGAUUUCUGCGUGUUCAAAUUGGCUGUGUGACAGGAAGCAAGGAUUUAAAUGUUCCAGUUGUGUGAAUGGGUUUUGGGGAACGCUUUGUGAGAAAAAAUGCAUGUUAAAUGGCAGUUGCAACUACUGCGACAAGACAACUGGAAUAUGUAAAUCAUGUUUAAGCAGUUAUUGGGGAGCAAAUUGUGACAGAAAAUGCAAUGGAAAUGACACUUGUACUUAUUGCAACAGAAACACUGGAGCUUGUACUUCAUGCUUCGGUGGAUACUGGGGAAAACAUUGCGAAAAUGGGUGCAAUAAAAACUGUGCUGGAAAUUGCCAAGUUAGUACAGGAGCAUGUAAUUCUUGCAAAAAUGGAUGGUGGGGAACAUUUUGUGAGAAAAAAUGCCCGAUUGGAGAAGGAUGUCAAUAUUGUAGCAAAACUUCUGGAACUUGCAGCACGUGUAUAAUUGGUAACUGGGGUAGUUUCUGCGACAAAAAGUGUUCUACAGUCUGUACAGGUCGUUGCGACAGGUAUACAGGAAAGUGUUCCUAUUGCAGACCCGGUAACAAGGGUGUAAACUGUGGCAGUAAAUGCAUAGAGGAAAAUUGUGAGACAUGCAAAGGUUCGGAGGAUAGUUAUUCAUGUACAAAAUGCCGAGCGGGUUACUGGGGCGAAAGCUGUGACAAUAAGUGUAGAUCAGAGCGAUGCCUGGAAUGUCAUAUGUCUGAAGGACGAUGUACUUUAUGUGAGGACGGCUUUUGGGGAAAUUCAUGUAAUCAAAAAUGUCAUGGCAGUUGCCAGUGUUGCAGCCUGACUUACGGUACUUGUAGUGCACCGCAUACCUGUUUGAUGUACAAAGCACCAGCGGCGCCUUCACAGACAGACACUGUGAUUAUCGUUGGCAUUAUCUUGAUUAUUUGCUCUUUAGUGGUACCGUCUCUGGCACUUGGUUUGUUUUGCUACAUAAAGCGUCGGAGCAAGCAAAAGGCAGACACAGCUACAGCUGAAGAUAGAAAUGUUGGACAUCAGAGCGUUUCAUAUUCAAUGGAUCGUAAAAGAAAGGCCAAAGUUGAGAUAGCAUCGCUUCAAACCGGAAAAGUCAACCGCACAUAUAUGGAUCAGGAAACAAACAAAGGAUUUGAAGAAGAAGAAAAUUAUGAAAGCGUCCUCGAGACAGACGACAUCUACGAAAAUCCGUAGGGCUC